AUGUUAAAAGUCGUGUUGGAAACCAAUGCGUAUCACCAAAUCACGCAGAGUAAUGAUGUGUGCAUUGAAAUGGACUUAUUGCGGGUAGGCUCCGAACCUGUAGGCAUGCGAUGUCCCUAUUGCCAGGAAGACAUAAUGACUCAAGCCAAUUACAGAAACACUACCAUCACUCAUAUUUUUGCUUUAGUACUUGGUAUAUUUUUCUGGUGGUUGUGCUGCUGUAUAUUGCCAUAUGUGACAAAACGAUGGAAGAAUGUGGAACACUAUUGUCCUAACUGUCAUCGAUAUUUGGGCGUUUAUACCAGGAAAUCUAUAUUC